AUCUAAAACCCUCUGAAGUUCUACAAUGUCUUCUUCGGUGGUCUUGACUGCUCUUUUGGGUUUGUUUAGUUUGAGUCAGGCAUCUCUGCCAGACUGUAAAGAGCUCAUAACACCAUUAACCCUGGAGGAUGACAGUAAAAGUAUCAUGGGUAAAUGGAUCUUUCUUGAAGGAAUUGCUGAUCACCACUUAUUUACAGAUAUCCUGAACACUGUAAACAGCUCGUGGGUAGAGUUCGGCCCAAGCCCCCUUGCCAACACUUUAACCCUCAGUCAAGGGAACAUGCUAAAAGGGAAGUGUGAAUUUAACACCAUCAACUUAACUGUUAAAGAGAAUACGUUUGAUGCCAAUGUAGAAAACGGCACAAUAUCAGAGGGAAGGUUCUUGCCAUCCUGUCCUGAAUGUACCACCAUCAGCUUCAUCAGCCAGUUUAAAAAUGAGACCAUAAAGACUCUGUACUUUUUCAAGCGAGAGAGCAACCCAACGCAGUCUGAUAUGGACACCUACUGGAAGCAAGCCGAGUGUCUUGGAUUCAAAAGAGAAAAACAGUACUCCUAUGAUGGAGCAACAGAACUCUGUGAGGUGGUCAAGCACAGCUCAUCUGAGCAGAAGCCAAGUUCGGACAAAACAGAUCAAUAAAGCAUGCAUGCAAGCAACCUUUUCAUGCAAACAAAAUUCAUAAGAACCAUCAUGAUAAUAAAAACAACAUGUGGAAGUGAGAUUGAAUAAAGAAUAUUUGGUAUUCA